CUCAGACGGAUAAACCACCAAAAUUUCCAAAACCGUCAGAUGAUCCAACCCAACCCCACUUCUCUACCCUCCGAUCUCCACCAAUUGGGUCCCACAAUGAACAAAAAAAAAAGCCCCCUAGAAGAACUUUAUUUUGGGCCUUUUCCAGAAUCUUCUGGAAGGCAAUGGCUGAGACCACCAGCAUCGAGAGAUCCACUGGCAGAGUCAAAUGGUUCAGUGCCCAAAAGGGUUUCGGUUUCAUAACUCCCGACGACGGCGGCGAGGACCUUUUCGUCCACCAAACCUCUAUUCUUUCCCAAGGCUUUCGCACCCUCUCCGAUAAUCAACCCGUAGAAUUCUCCGUUGAUUUCGGCGAAGACGGCCGCGGUAAGGCUGUUGAUGUAACUCCUGUGCCCCGUUCUCGCCGCCCUUUCCGUGGUGGUCGUGAUGGUGGAAGAGGCGGAUAUUUUGGUGGAACAGGUAGAGGCGGUGGUCCUCCUGGUGCUGGUGGUGGUUAUAGAACAGGGGGUUAUCGUGGUGGUGGUGGUGACGGCGGAGGAAGAGGUGGUGGCGCGUGUUAUAAUUGUGGGAGGAUGGGGCAUUUGGCGAGGGAUUGUUAUCAAGAUGGUGGAAGUAGGAGAUACAGUGGAGGCCGAGGUUAUGAUGGCGGAAGUAGAAGAUACGGCGGUGGCCGAGGAGGUGGAGAACGAGCCAGACCAGAAGGAAAAUGUUUUAAUUGUGGAGAAGAAGGUCAUUUUGCAAGGGAUUGCCCUAAUAAAUGAUUCAGAAAACAUAAUCUAAGAUUUCUAUUGGUAUUUCUCUUGUGGUGUUGUUGCAGAGGGGUUGGUUUUCAGCAAAAGAAGAAAAUAUUGGAACGUUCUAUAUAUUUCCGAUUGGCAUUUUCUGUUCCCACUUGUUUCUGAGUGAUUUGGUCGCGCCGAAUUGCAGUAUGAAUGGGAAAAAACUUGUCUUCCUUGAAGUAUGAAUACGAGGGUCCUGUGAUGGUGAGUGAUUUUGGCGUAUGUGGACAACAUGUCUAGGCAUUUUGUACUUUUUUUUUUUUAUCUUGAAACAUAAACAAUAUUGUGGACAUUGUUUUUUUUUGUUGUUUUGGAAAAUACAUCACUGAAAGGUACAUUAAGAGCAAAAAUACAGUUGCAAGACUUUCUAGAGAUUCGCGGAUAUCUACUUGCUUGUUAGCUGCAUUGUGUUAUGAGUAUGUUAAGGGGCCUUGAUGAAACAAUCCCAACAGAUAGACAUGAACGCUCAAUUUAUCUGUUUCCUUUUGGAGAGGAUGAGGACCAAAUCAUCUAUGCCUGGUGGGCCUUAUAAACCUUAUCCUGCUUUAUAACAUUUGAGAGGUUGGUGUUGGGUUGGUUAAGAUUACUUAUACGCUCGCUUCUUGACAAGAUUCAGUGUAUGGUCUUAAUCUCAAGGUUCUGCUUUUUAUCUUUAAUUCCAUUUCUUUUUAAUGGUCUGCUAACAUAAUUUUUCUCUGUUGAUUAAUCCUGUCAUUCAAGGGGACAAAAGACCAAGAAACAAUGGUUACAUCUAAUACAGUAACUGUUCUGUACCAUGAGAUGGUAUAAUGUUAUUGAAUCUUUUCGCCUUAUGUGUGUCAUUGGAUCAAAACUUGGAAGUGGACCAUAUAAGGCAUCCAUUAUAAUGGUUGAUUUCUGUAUUAAUGUUGCAUUCAUAGUAGUGAACAUAUUAUUUUUUGAUUAAUCAUAAUGGAAACUGAUAUUGCACCGUAGGUGUUAAUAGUUGAAUAAUAUUCAACCCUGUGAAUUUGAACAGACAACAGCUAAUUCUUGUACGAGUACAGUUUCUCAAUAUCAUCAUAGUGUUAUAAAAAUAACCUUGAUGAGCUAAUCAACUUCAGAACUUCCUUCCUUCUUUUUUUUUUUUUAUUGUCUUCUUCUCUAUUUGGGUAUAGAAAGUUGUUUAGCAAUUAGGACAGAAGUUUUUUGGCCAUGGAAGAAUACAAAUUAUAAACCACUUUUGCAUGACCAGCAAACGAGACUGCAAGCAAUUAGUUGUGUAAGUAGUAUUUUUUUUAUUUGGAAUUUAAGAAUCUCUUGAUGAGCUUAUAAGCUAUUCUCUAUUGUGAGACAUCUUUUUCAUAGUUCAAAAGCAAGAAAUAAAGUGUGCUCAUGGGGCUAAGACCCAAUCCUUUGUAGGAUACAAGAAUUCAUUCUAGAAUGGUAUUGUUGGCAUUUUAUUUCAUUGAAACCACACAAAUAUAGUAAUUUUUUAUGCUUAUAUCAGAUGCAUGUAGUUUCAUUCAUCCAUCAAACUCUACUAGUUUCUUGUCCUUGCAAGUUACAAUAAAACCCAGCGUUUGGAUUGCAGACUAUUCAUAUUUCAUGCUAAUGCACCAAAUGGAUUUCGGUUGAUCUUCAAUUCUGACUCUAUGGAGCUUUCGAUAAAAACUUUGGGGACUUUGUUUGUGAUGUAAGUUAGUUCACUAAGACAUAAAAGUAAGGUAUAGUUGCCGACGGUGGAUGAAGGUUCAGAUAAUGUUUUGAUGAAUACAUUGUGUUGUGAAGUAUGUAGAUGGUACACUACAAUUGGUAUUUAUUAGCUUAGAGGAUUGAUAGCAAGUAUCGUUCAUGGAAUGCUCUUGAAUGAUGUAACUCGAUGAGUAACUUUUAAAAGAUAAGUGUACUGUGGGCCUCUGUUAACCAAGACUUUGCUAUCUUAAGUGACAUAAGGCUUAGGCUCCCUUACUUUUGGCGAUUUUGAGAUAGUUGUAUGAAGUUAUUUUUAGAUGAAAGCGAAAAUGAUGUUGAGAAGCAGUUUUUUAUGUACAUUAUUUUUCUCUAUUUGUUCUGAAAUGCUUGUAUCAGUAGUUACUGGUGUAUAUGUCCAAGGCAU